UCCUCUUCUCUCCUCGCUCGCCGCAAUCAAACCCAGACCCAAACCCCCACCGCCUCCGGGACGAGCGAAAAUGGCGACGACGUCGGCCAGCAGCCUCGCCGCCGCCGCGCUGCCCUCGGGGCUCACCUCAACGGGCCGACGGGCGGCCCUCUCCUGGACAGCCACCUGCGCGCCGCGGUACCCAGCCCGGGCCGGGUCGUCGUCGGGCGGGGGGCCCCGCCGGCGGCUGGCGGUGACCUGCAGCAGCGCGGCCCCGACCAGCAUCGCGCAGGGGACGCCCGUGAGGACGACGAGCGUGCUGGUGGUGGGCGCCACGGGGACGCUGGGGCGGCAGGUGGUCAGGAGGGCGCUGGACGAGGGCUACGACGUCCGCUGCCUCGUCAGGCCCCGCCCCGCCCCCGCCGACUUCCUCCGCGACUGGGGCGCCACCGUCGUCAAUGCCGACCUCAGCAAGCCAGAGACGAUACCAGCCACCCUGGUCGGUGUCCACACCGUCAUCGAUUGCGCGACGGGGCGUCCAGAGGAACCCAUUCGAACAGUAGACUGGGAAGGAAAAGUUGCUCUAAUACAGUGUGCCAAGGCCAUGGGGAUCCAGAAGUAUGUGUUCUACUCCAUUCACAACUGCGACAAGCACCCCGAGGUCCCCUUGAUGGAGAUCAAGUAUUGUACGGAGAGGUUUAUUCAGGAUACUGGUCUGGACUACACCAUCAUCCGUUUGUGUGGUUUCAUGCAGGGCCUCAUUGGGCAAUAUGCUGUGCCUAUACUAGAAGAGAAGUCUGUGUGGGGAACUGAUGCUCCCACUCGGAUUGCGUACAUGGAUACCCAGGACGUAGCUCGACUGACGUUUGUUGCUAUGCGCAAUGAGAAGGCUAGCAAGAAACUCCUAACUUUUGCUGGACCACGUGCUUGGACAACUCAAGAGGUUAUUACACUGUGUGAGAGAUUGGCUGGGCAAGAUGCCAACGUAACUACUGUCCCUGUUCCAGUCUUGAAAUUUACUCGUCAAUUGACACGGUUCUUCCAGUGGACAAACGAUGUGGCUGACAGGCUCGCAUUUUCAGAGGUGCUUUCCAGCGACACAGUUUUCUCAGCUCCAAUGAAUGAGACAUACCAGCUUCUUGGGGUGGAUGCAAAGGAUAUCCUUACCUUAGAGAAGUAUUUACAAGAUUAUUUCACGAACAUAUUGAAGAAAUUGAAGGGUCUCAAGGCACAGUCCAAGCAAAGUGACAUAUACUUUUGAAGGGAGGAAUUUCAACAAAGUCAUGGACAUAUUCUGAUUCAGAUGUGUGCAUCAAGACACAGAUGAGUGACUACAAAUUUUCUUGUAUAUUUUCAUUGUGGUGUGUGCAACAAGGUGCAAUGUUAUUAGGUGGUCUAUAGAAUCUCAACAAUUUGGUCGACCUGAAGUUUGUGCAAAGCAGCCUAAAUUUCAUGAAUUCAUAGUCAACUUGUAUUAUCGUGAAACUGAAACCAUGACUUACAGCAUGAUUAUUGGCUAAUUAAUCGAAAGGAUAUUAGUUCA